GUAACCCAGGGGUCUAGUUUCAAGAGAGACUCUACCUUGACAUCUCAGAAUUAGUUUUACACUGAAUGACAUCAGGCUGAAGCUACGAAAAUCGACACACACACUCGAGAUGAACAAGUCUCAAAAGCCCACAAAGGGGAAGCGCGGCAAGCGGGUCGCCCGUCCCAAGACCCAGCCGCAGGACCUCGUCGAGUCGGAGGUGGAGAACGCCCGCAAGGCGGUGGAGCGCAAGUUGAUCUACUUGUCCGAGUCCAACGGAGCCAACCCACCGCCCCGUCCGGAAAAGCGGAGCACGGGCGGAGCAGGAGGAGCCGGAUCAGGAGGCGGUGGCACUAAUACCCACGGAGGACGUAGACGCAAGCACGGCAAGAAGCAUCUGGCGCAGGCGCCACCCAAGGAAAUUACCGACGACGAGGAGGAAACGCUUCAGGAGAAAGCAUAUAAGUACGAAAAUAGACGUCGCGGGGGAUACAAUGUACUCCUUGAAUCUCCACGUCGCAAUGGCCUCACGCCACGGGACUACGAGGCCGAGGCGGCGGAAAUGGCGGCUCUCCUGGCCGCCCAGCGAACGUCCAGCGGCACCACGAAACCUGGCCAGUUUGCGGGGGAGGGCAAGGAUAAUCAGGACGGGGAGUUCGGACGGCUGCAACUGAAGCCGCUGAGCAGCUACGCCCCGAAUCACCACCACCUGCCCAGCUACUCGUGCAGCGUGUGUGGGGCCAAGUUCCACAUCCGAUCGCUGCUGGGCGCCCACCGGCGCACCCACGACGACGACUUCAAGGUCCGCUUCCGGGGACGCAGACCGCCGGACAGCAGCACCACCCUGACCGCAGCCAACUUGUGCAAGUACUGUGACCGUCGGUUCGACCUGGAGCGCACCCUGCACAUCCACCAGCUGUGCCACUGCAAGAAGAUAUCGCCGCAGCAGCGCCGCAAGCUGGCCUUCACGGAGCUGGCCCACGAGAAGAAGGCGCCGCUGCCCAGCUUCCAGCGAGCCCAGAACUCCCAUCGCCUCCAAGGAAACAUCGCUCCUUCGACCAAGUCCCCGCUGACCCAGCAGCAGCAGCUCCACAAGACCAUCAUGCAGUCGUCGGCGGUGCACGAGCGAUGGCGCUAAUCCCCACCAGAACUGACCAGAUGACUCUGCGAACAGAACCAACUCUUGCUUCCAGGGACCAGGAAAAUACACAGAAAAUUAUAAAUAGUUGGAUAUUUGACGAGGAACAGAAGGACUUACCUCAGC